AACUUUGUAACAAUACAUAAACAAAAUAAAUUGUUUGUUAUUAUCAUCUGUUCAUUGAUAUGAUUCAUACAGAAUAUUCUGUAUCCGAAAACAACAACGAAAACAAUGACAACAUGUAAUGACCAGUCAAUACAAUGACCGACCGAUUGGUGACCACUACGACUACUUCACAGAGUCCGCUCAAAGUGACCAUCAAAGUGGGCGGCGAUAUCCUGUCGAUCGACAAAUGUAUCAAAAAGUCAUCGUCGACGACGACGAAGACCACCAUUGUUACGGACAAUACCGAAGCGACCAGCACAUCGGCCAGUGAUGUAACAGUUAGUGAAGAACAGUUAGAUUUGUCGAUGAGUGGUGUGUUUGAUGAUGAAGAGGAAGAAGACGACGAUGACAACGACGAAGAGAUAGUCGAUAACGAUGAUGACUACGAACAGGAAGAGAUGGACGAUAACUUGGACAACGACAAUGACGACCAUCAAGUAUUGGCCGAUAAAGAUGAUGACCAGUGGUUGGACGAACUAGAAGAGGGCCGAGCAUACCAUGAAGUGGACGACGAACUACGCAAGAUUCGCGACCCGAAACUGAUGACCGCCAGACAGAGAGCUCUUUUGGAGAACAAGUCGUUGAAAGGAAAGACAGAUUCCAUGACUAAAGGGAUCUACUCUUCGUCGGCGUCGACAUCGGCUUCAGUACACGAGUCGGUCGCCGCCGCCGUCGAAAAGAAUAUGGCCGGCGAUGAGCUGUUGACUGAACGUAAACUUCUGAAAGAUCGUCGCCGAAGACAACUGGCUGAAGAAAAGCGCGAAAAGGAUAGGAAACAGACUAUUGAACGGCUGUUGAGGAAACGGCAUGAGUUGGCACAGAAAGCCAAGAAAAGAAAGAUCGUUGUUGUGGAGACUCCGCGAAUCACUUACAAGAACUGUCAAACAGGGAUUUACAUCUGUCUUCCGGAAGGCUUGUCGUUUGAUCAGCUGUGGCCCAGGCCUAGUGCUGGCCGCCCGGUGGCUAAAUCGGGCGGCAAUAAGGCUGCAGUGGUCGAGUGUUGCCGUAAUGGCUGUCAAAACGCCAAGAAGUAUACAAUGUCUAAGACUGGACGCCCGGUCUGUAGUCUUGAUUGCUAUAAAAUGGUUGAAAACAAUGUCAUAUCAUUAGAUCACCAAUUGAUUAGUUAA